AUGGCGCUUGAACGGUUCUGGAAUUUAGAGAGUAUUGGAAUACACGCAGCCGAGAAAGAUGAAACAGCCAUUGAAUAUCUUCAAAAUUACCAAAACAACUUCAUAUCGUUUUCCGAUGGCAAGUACUGUGCAAAAUUACCAUGGAAACAGGAACACCCAUCGUUACCAAGCAACUACGGUGUCACGAAGCGAAGGACUGAAGUCACUAUCAAGCGUCUUAGUGAAGACCCCUUCAUCUUACAGAAGUACGCACAGAUUAUAGAAGAGCAGGAGAGACGAGGCUUUAUUGAGAAGGUCGCAGAAGAUUCCCAACCGUCCCAGCAAGUCCAUUAUAUACCCCACCAUGGCGUCAAGAAAGAUUCCCUCACUACACCCAUCCGAUUGGUGUACGACUGCAGCUGUCGACAAGCACGUGAAUCCCCGAGCCUAAACGACUGCCUUGAAUCUACCCCACCUAUCCUCAAUGACUUGACAGCUAUACUCCUGAGAUUUCGAACACACCAGUACGCCAUAGUCACAGAUAUAGAGAAAGCGUUUUUGAACGUGAGAUUACACGAAAACGACCGAGAUUCGACGAGAUUUUUCUAG